UUCUCAGAAUAAAAUAAAACCAAAACUCCUUGAACACCAUAAGAAAAUAAAAAGAAAAGGAGAAACUUUUUCAUCUAUACAUUUUUAUUGUUCAGAGCAAACGUGUGUGUUUGUUUGGUGGUGAAUUCCUAUCCACACAUCUCACCGGAAACAUGUCAGCGGUGGUUGCCGGUUCCUCCACUUCAUUCUCAGCCACCUUCACCACCAGGAGGAGUCCCUCCUCAAAAAACUCUCACCUCACACACUCCAAGACACUCGCUCCUCCUCAAUGCCAGAAAACAUCGUUACAAGGUCUCUCACUUCAUGAAGCCAAAAGGGGUGUUUCAGAAUCCUUCCUUGGUGAGAAAAAGAAUGGUUCCUCGAUCAGUGGGAGGAGACUUGAGAUCGCAGCAAAAACUGCUGGGGCUUCAAAGACAAUUGAGGCGGAGGUUGACAAGCCUCUAGGCCUCACCUUGGGCCAAAAGUCUGGUGGGGGUGUUGUCAUCACUGCUGUUGAUGGUGGUGGGAAUGCAGCAAAAGCAGGGCUAAAGUCAGGGGACCAAGUUCUUUACACUAGCAGUUUCUUUGGAGAUGAAUUGUGGCCUGCAGAUAAGCUUGGAUUUACUAAAACCGCAAUCCAAGCAAAGCCUGAUUCUGUCUACUUUGUUGUCAGCAGAGGUGGUGCCGAGGUAGAUGUAAAAAAGCUCACAAAGCGACCUGCUCCUCCUCGCUUUGGAAGAAAACUGACUGAUGCUCAAAAGGCGAGAGCUACACACAUUUGCCUUGAUUGUGGAUACAUAUACACCUUACAGAAACCUUUUGAUGAGCAGCCGGACACAUAUGGAUGUCCUCAGUGUCAAGCACCAAAGAAGAGGUUUGCUAGAUAUGAUGUUAACACUGGGAGAGCUAUUGGUGGAGGCUUGCCUCCUAUUGGAGUUAUUGUUGGACUUGUGGCUGGUGUAGGUGCUGUAGGAGCUUUGCUUCUUUAUGGUCUUCAGUAACACUUUAUUCCAUCACGUAUUUCUUUGUUUUCUUCAUUUUCUAUUUUCCCAAGCUUUCCAUUAUUGGAGCUUGUGUCAUUGAAACUCCUUGGAUAUUCAUGUCAAAGUUGAAUGAAGUUUCUAAUGAGUUUCAAAAUACUUUGUUUUUUUUUUUUUGAGGGGCCUUUACCAAUUUGAUGAGCUACAUUGAUAAUAUACAUGGUCAUUUCUUCUAGUAAUAUAUGAAAUAAUUGUUAUCAUCUCAAUGUAAUGAAUGCUCUUAAUACAUUUUCCAAUCUUCUUGUGA